AUGUCUGCCUGGAGAAAAGCCGGUCUUACUUACACCCAAUACAUCUCAGUCGCUGCUAAGACUCUACGUAGUGCAUUGAAGACUGAAUUACAAACACAACAUGUCCUAAACCGUGGUCAAUCUGAUGCAUGCUUCACGAAAUAUGAAAAGGGUAGUCCACUAGCUGAUCCAAAGUUGUUGAGCAAAUAG